CUCAAAUCACAAUUCCUUCAUAUAUUCAUCAAUAUUUCAUCCUUCUUGCAAUUAUUCUUCAGUGUUCUUGCAAAAUCCCUGCAAAUUUCUCUUUUUUUGCUCUCCCUCUCUCUCUUUGUUGAAAUGGCAGGAGGUCAAAGAAAAAGAUCCCGCACCGGCAAGAACGUGGCUUCUUCCUCGGCUCCUCCACCAUCAACGCACAAAUACCUUGACGGGUCGUUUCUCUGGUUCAACGACCGCGAAGAGGCUACAAGGUUCUCGGAGAAGUUUGAGCAUCGGGAAAUUCUCCCUCCCCGAUUCUCCACCGCCCGCUUCAUUCAUGACUCCAUCCCUCGUGAGGCACGGGAUCUCGGGCUCUACACCGGAGAAGAGGGGGCGCGGUUCAAUGAGACCGCUCUCUUGGAGGAAGUGGGCAUCCGUCACUUCGUACCCACUCCCCAACAGCGGCGCCCUACGAUUUCUUCCAUGAGUCCCGUGUAUCGUUUCAUCUUCUAUGUGUUGACACGGAUCCUCAAGCCCAGGAAGUUCAACCACACCAAUCUCUCCCAAGAAGACACGAAGACGAUCCAUGCGAUGAUUCACAACGCCAAUCUCAAUUGGUGUAAAUUUGUGAUGACUCACAUGUUCACAGCCACCUCCGACAAUCGGCCGCUCCCCUAUGCCCUCCUUGUCAUGGCCAUUCUCGAAGAAUACAACAUCAAAACCGAUGUUGGGCCAAAAGUAAAGGGGACAAAGCACUGGGAGAUUGAUGAGUCUUCUUUCCACUCGGGCACCGACGAGACUCCGUUUCGACAGCCUCGUCCACGCCGCCAACCGAGAGCCACUGCCUCAGCCGCCACCACAUCGUCCAAUCCUUCUCUCGCCGAGCAAAUGGCAGCCUUAACCGCCACUCUCUCUCGGAUUGACACCAACGUCUCAAAAACGGCGCACAACGUCAAUACCUUGAGCCGUGAACUUCACGGGUAUUUUGACUUUGUCAAUUACCCGUACGCUCAAAUGGUCUCUUACGUUCCUCCACCAAAUUUCGGAGGUGAACAAAGUGGGACUCAAAACGUUGGAAGAGAAGACGAGGUGGACGAUGAAGAAGAAGAAGAAGAAGAAGAAGAAGAUGAUGAUGAUGAUGAUGAUGAUGAUGGCAAUGGUGAUGAAGAAGAAGAAGAAGAAGACAUUGACGAAGAACAACUUCUCAAUGAUCUUUCCCCGGAUUUCUAGAGCUCUAGCUCUAUUUUCUUCUCUUCCUUAUUUUAUAAUUUUUAAUGCUUUCGCUAUGUACUCCGCCUUUUCCCUUAAUUAAUUAAUAAAAAUCUUUAUGAUUU